CACACUGCGUCGCAGCGCUGACGUCACGCCAGUGAGCGAAAGAAGCUCGCGGGAAACAUGGCCGCCGCCUGUUAGUCCGAUUUUGUCCCUAAAUUUGGAUUCAUCUUCACGGUGUUUUUAACGAUGAUAAACAUCCAGGAGCAAAUGCUGGAGCCACCCGUCCAAGACCAAGAUAAGAACGAAGAGAGCGAAGAGGAAGGAGAAGAGGACGAUGGUGACGAGAGGCAGGUGGAAGAAUCAUUCAGCAAAGAUCAUGACAGACCAGAAGAGCCGCGUGGUUUGGAGGAGGAGGCAGCAGCCACAGAUAUGCAGGAGAAACAUCCGCAGGUCCUGAAUCUCAACAAUGAAGUAGUGAAGAUGAGGAAGGAGGUGAAGAGGGUCAGGGCUUUGAUCAUCAGGAAACUGGCACGUCAGAUAGCCGCCCUGAAGAAGAAGAAGGGGAAAGACACGGAGAUGGAGCGACAUCAGAGGAGAGCUGCCAGACUGCUGGAGGAGGUCCACAUCAUGAAAAGCCUUCCAGCAGACCAGGUCACAAAGACAGCCCUACAGAAGAACCUCAACUUUGACCAGGUGUUCAAAAACCCCAAGUCUAGCUUGACUGAUAGAGCGGUUACUCGCAUAGCCACCCACCCACAGUUCAGUAAGAAGAUUGAUGACAUCAAAGCAUCUGUGAAGGCCUUUGGGGUGGAGCGCCGUAAGGGAGGAGGCAAGGCCAAAGGUCAAAGAGCAACUCUGGAGUCUGCAAAGAAUCACGAAGAACAGGAAAAAUCAGGAAGUCGUCCCGUGGAAUUGCCAGAAGUUGCUGAUGGUAAAGAAGAAGUAGAGGAGCUUAAAGACAUGAGUGACAGUAAAGCUGCAAAAUCUGAGAAGAAAACCGAGAAAAGAUCAGCCGAUGCUGCUGCUGGUGCUGGUGCUGCUGCUGCUGCUGCUGCUGCUCCUGCUCUGAGCUCCAAACGGUCUUUGAUCGGAGGACCAGAGUCUGUCCACAGCAGGGAUGUCAUCAGAAUCCCUAACAGCAAAGCUGCUGAAAAUGAUUGUAAUCUGCAGUCUGCCACUGUGCCCCCCCCGAGAAGAGCGGAGGACGCCAAGACUGACGCCGAGUCUGACGGUGAGUCAGCAGGCGGCGAGGAAAAAGAAUACUUUGACGACAGCACAGAGGAGCGCUUUUACAAGCAGUCUUCCCAGUCUGAAGACAGCGAGGACGACUUCUUUGUUGGAAAAGUCAGCAAAGUGAAGAAAAGAAGGAAAAAGCCCAAAAUGAAUGAAGUGGAGAAAGAGCCUGACGUGAAGAAGGACUCAUCAGGAGGGGGAGACAAACUCCAGAGGGAGCUGGACCAGCUGGAAUCCAGGUUAAGACCUAAAACCACCACGCUCCAGUCUGUUUUCUGCCCCUCCUUGGCCAGGAGGAAGGGAGGUGGGGGCCAAGAGAAAAGCAGAGGGUUUGGGAAAGUGAAAGGCCAGAAGAAAGUUGAUGGUUUUACCCAUCAGCAGGAGAAAGCAGCAUCUUCCAAAUACAGCAAACCCUUCCCAGGAGGAAGUCUGCCUGGAUCAAACACCAGGGGGUUUGCAUCCUCCCAAAGAGGGGUGGGACGAGGCAGGCGGGAGGCUCCACGGCAGCAGGAUCCAAAGGCGGGAGGCGUCUUCUCCUCUCAGCCAGCGCUCCAUCCAUCCUGGGAGGCCAGCCGGAGGAGGAAGGAGCAGCAGGGACAAAUCCUGGCCUUUCAAGGGAAGAAGAUUAAGUUUGAUGAUGAUGACUGAGGCAAUUCCAUCACUAAAGACUAGUCAGUCCUAUUGGUGAUGGUUAGCAUUCAUAAUCCCAGUGAUUCCAAGCAAUGGUUCAGAUUCUGGAUCUCCUGCAGAAUCUGAUCCUCUUUGUCUCCAUCAAUGCAGCCAUUCUGUAUUUCACCUCUUUGAUUUGUUGUCUAGUGUUUUAAAUGACUACAACAUUUCACGUUCAGUUGUGUAUUGAUGCGUCAUUGAAAGUCAAAACACCACAAAGCUAACCUGCUGUUUAACACCAACUAGGUGCUGUUUAGGUCCAGUGCACAGCGGCAAAAUGUUUCUUUUUAAUACAAAUAAUCUCCAAUGGAAUGAGGCUUGAUGUCUUUGUGCUGUUGGCUGGAAAUGCAGUGAAUUCCCCUGAACCUCAAAGACAAAGCGUCGCACGGAGGACGCCAUGCUCCACGAUGGCGGGAACGUCCUCAACAAGCUAACGGGCGGCUAGUUUGUUUGCUGCAUUAGGGGUCACUCCUUGGAGCACAGCUGUGCACCGUUGUGCUCUUCAGAAAUGACUGUUUUUAAUGAUAUGACCAUAUUGUGUUAAUUUGUGCAGAGUUUCACCAUUUCCUUUUCUGAAUGGACUACGCGCAGAGCUGUGUGACGGAUUUCCGCUCUUUUUCUUCCGGUUGUGGCUAACUGUGUACAUCGACUUGGCAAAUCUCUGUGUACUAUUUCUGAUAUGGUCAAAGUUUUGUUAUUUCUUAGAGUUUGUCGUUGCGUGUACACACAAUGACAUCCAAAGGCAAAGUUUGCCUUCCGUAAACAAGUAGACAAGGCUGCAGGCUUCCUUUGCUGUGUCCCAGAAUGCUCCGUCACAGCUAGCUGUGAUUCAUUUGAAAGUUUCCACACUUUUUCCAAAGACUGUGACAUGUGAGAAGUGGGUCAUUAAUAUUCACUGAAGUGACGGACCACAAGGGUCCGCAGCCGUCCCUUUGUUCCCGAAGACCUGAUCAAGCCUUCAAAUCCUGGUGGGCACAAGCGUUUGAGGAGAGGAACCGUCCUGUUUUGAGUGGAACAACUACUGGCUUCCUCCAGCUGUCUGGGAACGAAGAGAAACGCAGCCGAUGAUGCCUGAAGAUCAGCCAAUGGAUGUCGGCUGUUCUGGACACGACCGCUGCUCCACGGCUGCCCUGGAUUUGGCUCGGAGUGAAAAUCUGUGGACGGAAAUGGCAAGACUCCCUACUUUUAGGAAAAUACCAUAUCUACUGUUCUAUUUGAGAGGUACCAAGCCCUCCUUCCCAGGUUUUAGUAACAUUAUUAUUAACAUUAUUAUACCUAAUAAAGAUUACAAUUCUUGGUAGGUGCAAAAAUAA